GUCACACAUGAUUUCCAACAUUCUUCGCGUGCCUCGCGAUAAGUAUCCUGUGACUGCAAUCACGUUGUACGCAUGAGUUAGAGCAAACAAUGCCAUUUCGUUGUUUGUGCGGGCAUUCAUCAAACAUUAUUAAACAGCUGCCCAUGUAGCGCAUGCGCAAACUAAAGUCCCUUCUGCGGCGUCAGCCGCGCAACUCACAUAAGAUGGUUUCAGCAUCAGCCGAAAGAGGGGAAGAGACAGCCAUGUCGUGCGAGAAUCAUCCACUGUAUCAAGAGCAGCGCCCAAAUCUUGAACUCACGUUUUGUGGCAAGAAGAAACAGAUUGAAACUCAAUUUCACGACUUUCAUCAGGAAGCAAUUCCUGAUGUGAAAAGCCAGACCGAUCAGAGAAAGGAGAAAAAGAAUUGGGAAGGCGAGGCUCUCGCAGAGACUGAGCAGAUUAAGAUUAUCAGCAACUGGGCGUCAUUCGAGGUUCAACAGUAUCCGAAAAAGCCUGCCCAAGCUGGUAUGUCCAUGGUUCAUUUGCUAGCAUAUCCCAUCGAGCAUAUCAGGAAUGGUGUGGAUUUGACAGUUGAUAAUGUCGGUCUCAUCGAUGAUAUGAUUCAGCUUUUCAAAGGUGCUUGGGCGAAUGAGACAGUGCGAAACAAAAUUCUGCGGCUCCAGCUCGACGCAGUCGAGCGCCGUGCCAAAGCGAUUGAGGAUGAGCCUUUCGGCAAGGAAGCCAACGAUGCGGCUCUUGCUCAUUACCGAGUUCUCGAGUCCAAGGUCACAUCUGGUCAGCUCAAGUUCGAGGACUUCCACUUUGGCUUGCACCUCCGACCAGACAACAGUGCCGACUACCUUCAUCUUCAUAUAAUUGCAGCACCUUAUGAAUAUCGCAAGUAUAGCACCUCAGAACAUGACAAGAAAACAAAAGAUGCGAUUGAGGUCCGUGAUGUUAUCAGAGACGAUGCACGCCCAAUGGGAAGAGUUAUGACUGGAUCGAAAAGCCCAUCUAUCACGGAAGAAGGGGCUCACCAACAAACAGUAGAGCCCUCUCGAUAAUUCUGGAUUUGGGGGCGGAGUUUUUGGUUGGAUUACGUGUUAUGAUAGAGUUAUGAUUACUUAUUCUGCUUCGGCAACACCGGGCUCUAUGUAUCUUCCCUAUUUGCUUUCUCACAUCGAAACCUAUUACACGCAGAUUAUGGGCAUUAUGGGAAGUCGGUCUUCAUAGGGCAACUUCUGCGACCGGAAUAUUUGCCACGAGGACGUGGCAAUUCUUAAGCGUAUUAAAAUUUUAAUCUGUAGAAAUGAAUUCUGAGUCGCCUGAACAUGUAA